CAUUACUACUACUCUAUAUAUAGCAUUGUUUUCCUACACUUUCUAGCUUUCAUUAAUGGUCUCAAAACAUUACUCUGCAACACAUAACCCAAGAACCUUUAUGUGUCUGCCUGUGUUUUGUUGUUUCUCUUAUACAAAAUUUAUUGUCUAGAGUAGUAGCUGCUCUAAUGGUGGUUGAAAUUUGCUCAUUGAAUGUCUUUUUAGAAACUCUCAAAAGAAAGUUCUCUUCUUUUACCUUUAAUCUCUGCAUAAUAUAGCCAACUUGUUCAGAGCUUUAAUGGCUGCUUCAGUUUCCUUAUUUGGGAUUCUUUUAGUUUUUUAAAAAUGGCAUGAAACUUGCCAAAUUAAGUGUGGCUUUUUUUUUUUUUAAAUGAAAAUUUUGCAGGGAUUUGUAGAGUAGGUUCUUGUUUCACGGGCCGCGCCGCUUGUGUUUGUUGCUCGUGCGCCGCGAAAUCCAGAUCUCGAGAUAGGCUCAUUUGAAGAUAAUGCCAUCUGUGUUUUUUGUUAUAUAAAGUUUUGUUUGUUUUAACUUUACUUUGUCCGCCAUUUUCGGUUGUGUUUGGUUAACCUGCCAAGUGCCAUUCUUUGGAGACCUCUCUCUAUUGUGUUGAAUGCAAAGCACUUGAGGGGGUUUUGUGAUUGAUAAGGUUGUUUUUAAUGCGCUCAAAGGUGUGAAAAUUGAUUUCUAAGGUGUUAAAGAAGCCAUAAUCUCAGGAGGGUCGGUGCUGGUUUUGGCUUUUGUUUGUUGCUUUGCAUUGAAACCAAGGGAGAAAAACUCGGUCCGUGAAUUGAGGCUUUGGUGGGUUAUAUAAGUGAGAUUUGAGCAUGCGUGAUUGGUUGUAAUAGAGGAAGUGUUUAGAAGAAGUGGUUUUUGAUGUGGAAUAUUGGAUCUAAGUACAAGACAUGCUAGGCUCUGAUGAGGAAGUGGAUGAUGUGUUCUUUGACUCAGCUGAUUGUUUGUCGUCCAACGAGUCAGCUGUAGUGAAAGAUGAAUCGAGAUAUGGGAGAUCUGAGUAUGAAAUUUGGAUGAAUGAACCGCGAAGUGUCAAGGAAAGACGCAGAAAUUUUUUAAGAGAAAUAGGUCUAGUUGAGUUUGCUCCUGUGAAUGAGAUGAUUGGGUUGGAUAGAAUUACAGAACGCAGUGGAGCUGUUUUGAGAUCUACUCAGGUAACUGAGGAAAAUUUGGAUUGUGAAAGAGAAAUGAAUCGUGAAGCCAAUUGUAUGGUAGAUGAUAUGACUGAAAAAAGUGUGGUUCUUGAAGGCGAAAGCACUGAACUUUCGCUGUCUGUUGAUGAAUGUGGAGGAAGGAACUACGAGUCUCAUUUGGAAGAAUGCAAGGAUGCCAAUGAGAAGAAGGUAAAGAAAUGGUGGAAACGUCUUGUUAGUAUGAGGAGGAGAAGAGAAGAUACAACUAUACCUGAUGUAACAAGAUCAAAUUCUGAAAAACCGAAAACGAAUAGGAUGAAGGUGAAGCAGAACAAGAAGAAGUGCACAGAGUUCACAGCUCUUUACAUGGGACAAGAAAUUCAAGCUCACAAGGGUUAUAUCUGGACAAUGAAGUUUAGUCCAGAUGGGCAGUAUCUGGCAAGUGGUGGUGAAGAUGGAGUCGUGCGCAUUUGGCAUGUUACAUCAGAGGAUGGCUCUUGCAAAUCGUUUAUUGAUGAAGACAAUUUCGGUAGCAUAGUCAAAGAAGGAAAGACCAUGUUUGGUAAAAAAAAGUAUAGCCAUGUGCCCGUUGUUGUACCUAAUAAGAUAUUCCAGAUAGAAGAGUCCCCACUGCAAGAAUUCCAUGGCCACACGGGUGAUGUUUUAGACCUAGCGUGGUCCGAUUCUAAUUAUCUUCUUUCAUGUUCAAUGGAUAAAACUGUUCGUUUAUGGCAAGUGGGAUGCGAUAAAUGCCUCGGUGUUUUCCAUCACAGUAAUUAUGUGACAUGCAUUCAGUUCAAUCCCAUUGAUGAUAAUUACUUCAUCAGUGGCUCCAUAGAUGGAAAAGUUCGGAUUUGGGGGGUCUUUGAGGAGCGAGUUGUUGAUUGGGUUUAUGUGAGGGACGCAAUAUCUGCAAUAUGCUACCAGCCAGAUGGAAAGGGCUUUGUAGUUGGUACAGUUACAGGCACUAUCCGCUUCUACGAAGCCUCUGGCAAUGAUCUCCAGUUGGAAGCAGAGGUUCAUUUUCCAGAUAGAAAGAAAUCCUCUGGCAACAAGAUUACUGGGAUUCAGUUUUCAAAGGAAGAAUCUCAAAAAAUUAUGAUAACUUCUGAAGACUCCAAACUUCGAAUAUUGGACGGGCUUGAUGUCAUUCAUAAAUUCAAAGGUCUUUCAAAGUCUGGAAGUCAGAUGUCGGCUUCGUUUAGUACAACUGGGAAACACAUAAUUUCAGUCGGACAGGAUUGUCGCGUUUAUGUCUGGAGCUAUGACGACUUGUGUUUCCCAUCGUCCAAACACGCGAAAUCUAUUCGUUCUUGCGAGCAUUUCGUUGCCGAAGGUGUAUCUGUUGCAGUGCAAUGGUCAGGCAUGGGGACAGAACACGGUAUUCUGUGUAGUGGUAGUAGUUGUAAUAGUCUUCAGCGUUGCUCACAGAGAUGGGAUAACCUGGAGAGUUCAUCCUGGAAUAGAGAAUCUGAGCGAUUCUCCCUCGGAAGUUGGUUCUCCAUUGACGGCGCGUGCAGGGGCUCAGCGACAUGGCCUGAGGAGAAACUUCCGCUGUGGGAAACAGCAGAAGGUCUAUAUUCUCAACAUCAACAUCAACAUCAACAAUGCCAGAGUAAUAUGUACGAUAUCGCGGCAAUGUCGGAAACUUGGGGGCUUGUCAUUGUAACAGCAGGAUGUGAUGGAAUGAUCAAGACCUUCCACAACUAUGGAUUACCUGUGAGACUGUAAAUGUUGCUGCCCAUAUCGAGUUCUUCGUAUCUUAACAAUCUUCCUGUAUCUAUUUAGCAUGGUAAAAAUUUUCACUAGCUCAAGUCUUUUGACAUGCUUUGUAAUUGUUUUAUUCAUGUCAUAGGGCUUAAUUUUGGUCUUGCUCUUUUUGAGAUGGACCAAUUGAUUUUUCAUCUAGGCCAGUUUCAUUUUUCUUGUGAAUACUACUUAAGAGUUAUAUAUGACAACAAAAAA